AUGGUUGCAGCCGACUACUGGCCCCUUGGCCGUAGGACUGACGAGUUUACCAUUGAAAUGGUGCAAGUACCAGUCUUUGGUCCUCCGGAGGGGUUGCCGUUUCCUCGUUUUGGCGCGGGUUUGCCUGAGGAUGAGACGCGGGAAUCUUUCCUUGACCGCGUGGAGGUUUCUGCUCGAAGGAUCGUUGGAAAGAUCUCAGAGAAGGAAUACCUCCAGCGCAAGUCCGCACUUGGGACUAUGCCGCGUUUCAAUCGCGUUUUUGAAGAGUUGGGGGUCGAGUAUGAUGAUUAUGUCGUUCCUCCGGAGGUUCUGCUUGGCCUGGAGAAGAAGGAUUCAUCCAAAGCCGUUGCCGCAGCGGAGGCUAAGAAAAGAAAGGGUUGUGGUGCUGUUAAGCAACUUGCGAAGAAGCGCAAGGUGGAGGUUGUGCUGGAGACUCCUUUGGAGUCUUCCUCUGCCCGCUCUUCUGCUGCCGAGUCUAACUCGGUGGCUUCUGUUCCUGCGGGGGCUGCUCCUGCUGGUGGAGUUCCUGAGGUUGAAGCCUCACGCGCGGUUUCUUCUGUACGCGCGCCUUUCGCGUCCCUUCUUGGGGAGGAGUCUUCCGACGCGGAGGCCCCUGAGGCGAGUCCUGCGCGUGAGGCAAAUCCUGCGGUGGCUGAGAGUCCUGCGCGGGAGGCUUUGGCUGGAGGAGGAUCUCCGCCGAAGGAUGGGCAAGAGGAAUCCAGUGAUGAGGCAGAGUCUGUCUCUGUUCGGAGGAUUAAGAGGGCGGAGGAUCUCCCGCGUCCGGCUGGAGAUGAGGAUAUUUUUGCUGGGUUGGCUACUGCGGAGGAAUUGGCCAAAGGCGCCAGCGUUGCGCAGGAAGGACUUGCUGUUCCUCCGCGGCGUGAGCCUGCGCCUUCUGCGUUGGCAAGUAGGCCUUCGCCUGCUGAUGUUAUUGGUCCCGGUGCUUCUGAUCCUUCGAUCACAGAUCGUUUUCGUCAGAAGCUCCGCGGCAUGGACUUUGACACGCUCCUUCGCGUGCAAUAUGAGCACCAUAGCCUUGGUCAUCACAUGGCUGCCGCCUUGGAGGAGCGUUGCUCCCGGGAGGUUAUCUGCCGUGAUGAGGCGAUUGGUGCUCUGAAGAAGGAGAACGAGACCUUGGAAGCUGAGAAGGCUCGCCUGUCGGAGGAGGUUAAGGAGCUUUCCUCCGUCAGGAGGGAGAUUGAUUCCCUGAGAAAGGAGAGGGAUGAGUACAAAACUGGGUCGGAGGUUCUAAAGAAGGAAAAAGAAGAUGCUGAAGCUUCAGCGGCUGUCCUCCGCACGAGUGUUGCCGAGGCGGAGGUGGCUAGGGAUUUGGCCAUGCAGCGAGUCGAGAAGGCGGAGGACAUUGCUGAAUGCCUUCGCAAGGAGCUUGAUGCUGAGCGGUUGUCUGCGGCUGAGUUGCAGACGCGCAUUCAGAAGGCGGAAGCGGAGGCUGCAGCUAUUGUUGAGCUCUAUGCUGACUCGCUUGCGAAGUUCGGGGGAAGUACCUCUGCUCCUCCGCCCAGCGGCGACGUUGGGGCUGGCCUAGCGUGGUUGAAGUCCCAUAUCCGCAUGCUCCCUGACUUUGUCGGGGGGGCUGUUGAUUUUGGGGCUUUGGCCGCGGUUAGCUCCUUCGCUCGACUUUUACGGCGCGGAGGUUGUUCCCACGCCGAGGGUGUUGCCAAGGUGGAGUUUGCCACGGCGGAGGACGUUGGCGAGGGCACCCCCAGCCUGCGCAAAUCUGAGAUUGCGAAGAAGAAGGCUAAGGUUGAGAAGGCCAGUCCUUCGCGUCCACCAAGCGAGGCGCGUCCUCCGACCCAGGAUGAAGCGGAGGCUCAUGAUGCUGGUGCCAAAGCUCCGGAGGGAUCUGCUGCCAAGGUUCCAGAGCUGCCCGAGACUUCUGCUCCUCCGCCUCAGGUGUGA